GUAGAGGAACAAGAGGAGAUUGCAUAUAGAGGCCUGGCCUCUAAGAUGAAGCAUCAGAUUUAUUUUAGGCUACGUGUGCAGUUAAACAUGAUCAAGACUCUUCAUCUACAAGUUGUUCCUGUAUUGUCAAACCAACAGGGCAUAUUUUUUUAAAUGUUCAAGCAGAAUGAUUGAAGAACGUGGAAGGACAGAAAAUACCAUGGCUGAAAGAAGACAGUUGUUUGCAGAAAUGAGGGCCCAGGACUUGGAUCGCAUUCGUUUAUCCACUUAUAGGACAGCAUGUAAGCUUCGAUUUGUGCAGAAAAAAUGUAAUGUGCACCUGGUAGAUGUUUGGAAUGUAAUAGAGGCAUUCAGAGAAAAUGGACUGAAUACAAUGGAUCUGAAUGCUGAACUCAGCGUGGCUCGCUUGGAAGCUAUCAUCUCCACAAUACUUUACCAGCUGAACAAACGAAUGCCAACCACCCAUCAGAUAAAUGUUGAACAGUCCAUUAGUUUAUUGUUGAGCUUCCUGCUUGCUGCUUAUGAUGGAGAAAGCCAUGGCAAAAUAUCGGUUUUUGCUGUGAAAGUGGCAUUAGCAACAAUGUGUGGAGGGAAGAUUCUAGAUAAACUGAGAUAUAUUUUCUCCCAAAUAUCAGACUCAAAUGGAGUAAUGAUAUAUGCAAAGUUUGAUCAGUUUCUACAAGAGGUGCUAAAGUUGCCAACAUCAGUGUUUGAAGGUCCCUCCUUUGGAUACACAGAACAAGCAUCAAGAUCAUGCUUUUCCCAGCAGAAAAAGGUGACACUAAACAGUUUUCUGGACACCUUGAUGUCUGAUCCCCCACCACAGUGUCUCGUCUGGUUACCACUCAUGCAUCGUCUUGCUAAUGUUGAAAAUGUCUUCCACCCUGUAGAGUGCUCCUACUGCCACAGUGAAAGUAUGAUGGGCUUUCGAUAUCGUUGCCAGCAGUGUCACAAUUACCAGCUUUGUCAAGACUGCUUUUGGAGAGGCCAUGCGAGUGGUUCUCACAGCAACCAGCACCAAAUGAAAGAAUACACAUCAUGGAAAUCCCCUGCAAAGAAGCUAACCAAUGCGCUCAGCAAAUCCUUAAGCUGUGCUACCAGUCGUGAGCCUUUGCACCCAAUGUAUCCUGACCAGCCUGAAAAACCACUAAAUCUGGCCCACAUUGUGCCUUCAAGACCUCCUCCUAAUAUGAAUGACACAAUGUUCUCUCAUUCAGUUAUAACCUCAGGAAGCCCCAGCCCAAACAAGAGCUUUCCUGAUGAGAUCAGUGAAGUAGAGCAGAACAAACAACUGGCUAGGGCUACUCCAGCUUUGCUGAAAGGCAAAGGGAUACAGUACAGCCUUGAUAUUGCUGAUAGACUGGGUGAUGAACAUGUUCUGAUUGGGCUAUAUAUCAACCUCCUCCUGAACAAUUCUUCACGUGUCCUUGUCAGUCCAAACCGAUUGGAUGAAGAACAUCGAUUAAUAGCAAGAUAUGCAGCACGACUAGCUGCUGAAGCAGCAUCUUCACAGCAGCGUGUUCCCUCUGAUCUUACCUCUACCAUAGAUGCCAACAAGCAGCAACGGCAGCUGAUUGCUGAACUUGAAAACAAGAAUAGAGAAAUCCUGCAAGAGAUUCAGAGAUUGAGACUUGAGCAUGAACAGGCAUCUCAGCCUACACCUGAGAAGGCACAACAGAAUCCCACCCUCCUUGCUGAGCUACGACUCCUCAGGCAGCGAAAAGACGAAUUAGAACAGAGGAUGUCGGCACUGCAAGAAAGCCGCCGAGAGUUAAUGGUUCAACUGGAGGGCCUGAUGAAGUUACUGAAAACUCAGGGGGCAGGAUCACCUCGUUCAUCACCAAGCCACACCAUUAGUCGAUCAGUUCCUAUUCCAAUGCCAAUCAGAUCAACCUCUGCCUGUUCAACUCCAACUCAUACACCUCAAGAUUCAUUGACGGGGGUUGGAGGAGAUGUACAGGAAGCAUUUGCUCAGAGUUCCAGGAGAAAUCUGAGAAAUGACCUGUUAGUGGCAGCAGAUUCCAUUACAAAUACAAUGUCCUCUUUGGUAAAAGAGUUGAAUUCAGCAGAGGCUGGCAGUGAAACAGAGAGCAACGUGGACUCUGAUUUUAGUCGUACUCAUUUAGAUGACAUUGUUCCUUCACCAACUUCUGAGAAGGCCUUUCUUGCUCAGAUCAAUGCCAGAAAUCCCAGCUAUAUCAACAGUGCUGCUGCAACAGGAACAAUUCGAAGUGACAUUGCUACAGAAGAUGGUGACUCUUAUGUUAGAACAGAUGAUGAAAGCUAUGAAAGUGAAUCUGUCCGUCAGCUUGAACACGAGUUAAAACUUGAAGAAUACCUGAAGCAAAAGCUGCAGGAUGACAACUAUCAGGCUAAUUGCAGCCAAACUGAUGAUGAGAGCUACGUAAAAACUGAUGAUGAUGAAAGCUGCAUAAGGACAGAUGAUGAAGAAGGUCUAACUUCUGGUUUCAAUCAGGAAUGGAAUGAGCACAUGAAGCGUCUUAUGACAAAAUAAAAAUUUUAUAAUUAGUGUGAAUACUGUAGCAAAGUAAUUUUAAAAGUUUCUAGUUAAAUGUGUUGUCCAACAAUUCUUUUACUAAAAUCUGGGUUUAUCAGCAUCUUAUUUAUAUGGCUCAAAUGAGAACAGAAUUCAGGACAAUACAACUGCAGUUAUCACCAAGCAGAGCAUAUAUGGUGUUCUUUUUUCAAGAGGAAACAGUGUUAAUAUUAAGAAAAGAUAAUUAUUUACAUUUGUGAGCAAAAUAUUCUGUCUAAACUUAUAAUAUUAACACACUUUGUUUUGUUUCUAGCUGAACUGUGCAGUACUUUGACAAAGCAGUUACAUAUUUUUUCAACUAUGAUAAACCUAUUUUGGUGAAAUGCACUUAAAAAUCAGAUAUUAAGGCACUAAGUAUGAUUAUUUAUUCAAAAUUAUAUCUACCCAUUAACCACUAAUUCUCAACAUUUUUAAUAAGAUGGACAUCUGUAAAAUAAAAGAACUGUGAACUGUCAAGGACACUCUUAGCUAAUUCUGUUCUUGUACUUGAACCGUAGGUGCCAAAAACAAAGCCAGUAACAUAGUUAAAGUUAAGUCAUUUAACUUUUUUUGUGAUUGAACAAUGAAUUUAGCAAUAUUGUAAACAAGCAUGUCCAUUGCUAAUUUAUAUUUCACUUUUUGGUUUGUUUUAUAUCAUUUGUAAGAUUGUAAGCUUGAACAAUACAUACUUGAUGUGCAUUGUAAUUUUUUUAUGUUUGAGUUGCAUUAUUUUAGUUGGCCAUCAGUGUAGUGCACACAUUGCAAGAAAAGAAUAGUUUUAUCAAAUAAUGCAGAGAAUUGUGAAUGUUAUAGAACAAGCAGCUUGCGAACACACGAUUCAAGAAGCUUUAUGGCUUUAUUUUGAUUAAUCCAUGGGUUACAUAUGCUGAAGGUUGCAGAUACUGUCCUCUCAAGUAUCACUUAAUUUAAAAAGUUAAUUUUACAAAAUAGCACUUCCAUGUGAGUUAUCACACAACUAAAUGUACUUAAAGCCAAAUUGCUCUGUAAAGUUUUUAUUUAAUAAAUUUUGUUUUCUAUAAUUUACUUAUAGUUCUAUCACAAGAGCUUUCCAGAAUGGAUGCCACAUUUAAGAGUACCAUAUAUGACUUUUUAUUUUUAGUGUAGUUAAGUAAAAUUAUUUGAUAAUGACAUGGGAGUUGCACACUGAAUAAUCUGUAAACCUCACACAACAUAUGUAUAUUGAAAGCUAAAGAAUUGCUGAAGAAAUCUAAGAUUAUUAUACAGUAAUCAUAAAUAUUAUCUUGAAAGCAUGUAAAAUAACAUGAGAAAAUUGUGUGAUUUAAUUGAUAUAAUCAGAUUAAACACUGAAAUUAAAUAUGUUUAUAAUUAUUGAUUUAAGUCAAAGAAAAUGGAUGUAGAAUAGAGAUAAAAAGAAAAAAACACAAAUGCUGGAAGUUAUUAGGUAAGGUUGAGAGUGUUAUAAGGGAGAAAGGCUUGGCAUGUUUCAGAGUUAACCUGCACAAGUUUGUGGCCUUCACUGUGAAACAAAUUGUACUCUGUUAGUGCAUGAAGUGAAAACUUGUCUAGUUUGGUUUGUCACACAGUACUAAUCUUCUAUUAAUUUGUCUUUUUCCCAGUUAUAUAGGUUAAUUAAUGUAGACACACACUGUAUGUGUGCGUGUCUAUGUAAAUGUGUGUGUGUAUGUAUAUGUAUGUAUAUAUAUCAUAUGCAUAUACAUAUACACAUACAUAUAUACACUUAAGUCUCUGUUGCUGAAUUCAGAGUGGAUAAAUUUAACAAAAUAGCUGUGAAUAGUAACUAUUUUUCUUCUGUCCAAAAUAGUGGACAUUGAAUUUUCACCAAAAAUAUCUGACUAUAUCAUAUUUAAAUUAACCACAGCAACUGACAUAUUUAGUGUCUCCAAAAGGAGAAGCAGUAAUUUUAAAAGCACUAAAGGCUCAAUGUAGACACUGUUAAUGUAAUAAAACUACUGAUUUAUGUUUUGUAUUGUUAAGUAUUGUACCCAUACGUACAGUGUGUUGGAACAAGCUGGGGACUUGCCAUGUUUCAAGAUUGUUCAAGUAUUUAACUGUGUGUCUGUAUUUUGGAAUGGAAUAUUUCUUCAUUAA